GGAGGAUGGAACUCUUCAUGUGAAGAGGCAUAAGCAGUGUUUUUGUUUUUCUACUCAAUUGCUGUGCUCAUUUAGCUGUGACACAAGGCGCGUGUUGAAAAAUAAUUGAAUGUUAUGGCACGGUAAUUGGUUGGUUAAAUAUUUUUUUGUUUAAAACGUAACACAUUAAAGAUGAAACGCGCUUGUUCCUUUGAAGACGACUUUGUGCCGCAGUUGAAAGUGCACGUGGGUCAGAAACAAGUGAAUAACGGCGUGUCCAGCGAUGUUCGGAUGAAGAAUGUCUAUGACAGAACACUGAGCUUACUCAAAGCUGGCGCAAAAGCGCGCUCGCAAAAGUUAAACACAUCAGAUCAAGAGAACUCUAUAGAUUUAUCCUCGCCUCGACCACCGUACAAAUUCAAGUCCAAUCUGAAGCAGAUGUUGCUCACCAAUAAGUUGCAGCUACAAACUAGUGAUAAAGUCGUCAAUGAUGUCCGGAUGGAUAUCUGUGGAUGUUGUCGAGUGAUAAAUCAAUUCACAAGGAACAAAUGUUAUUAUUGCGAUCAGAUACUCUGUUCCUCUUGCCUGUCUACAUGUGUGAACUGCUUAGAAUCAUUUUGCCAAAAUUGUUCUUUACCUGUAUAUAAUAAUCAAGGCGAUAUCAAGUGUUUUCAUUGUUACUGAUGGCUGUUGAAGAAAAGAUAUAUUUUUAUAAAAAAAAAGGUUCUUAUUAAAAACCUUUCUUUUCUUCACCUUUGUUUUAUACUCCUAUUUAUGAUUACUUGAUGUAAUUUUCUUAACUUAAUGCAAUAUUUACAUAUUUUAUAUAUAUUUAAAGUAUUGAUAAUAAUAAACACAAGAGAGCAUG